AUGCAAAGAAUCGAUCUAUUAAGAAUAACAGUGAGAUCGUUCCAUGUACGACGUGAAUUGUCAUCGAGUAAUCCGAGGAAUAAGUCAGCUAAAAAAGUUAUUGAAUUCUUAACAGGUAAUGCAAAUAAAGUUGGUUCAAAUCAAAAGGAUAAAGUGAUACCAUUAUGGAAACAAAGAGAUGAAACAACAAAGAAAAAGAUUAAAGGGGAACGUUGGAAUCCUAGUAAAAGGUUAUCGAGAGAAGGUAUGGAUAAUGUGCGACUUCUAAAACAACAAAUGCCUCAUUUGACAGCUAGCGAUUUAGGUGCUCAUUUUAAAAUUUCUCCUGACGCUAUAAGAAGAAUUCUGAAGAGUAAUUUUAAACAAACUGAGGAAGAAAGUAUAAAUAUUCAAAAAAGAUGGAAGAAAAGAGGAGAAAUGAUAAAACAGUUACAUGAAAAUAAAUCACUUGAGUUAGAGCAGGAUGAGAUACCCAUCACACGAAAGAUAAGAUUACAUUUCAAUUCUCGAAGUAAUACUAUGGAAAAGACCGGCAUUAAAAGACAAUCUGCACCAAAUAACGAAUCUCAAAAAAGUAAAAAGAUAGAUAAAUUAUCUCUUUUAAAUAAAGUCAUCGAUAACAAUUAA